CGCAAAGCCUACACAGUCUUUCUAUUUCUAAUGCAGUAUGCAUUACCGCUUACUAUAAUGGCCUUUGCGUAUAUUGGUGUUGCCAUCUCCCUCCUUCGUAAUAAAUCUGCGUUUAAAAGAAAAUUUGAAAGAAAAAGCACCACACCAUUGAAAUCGCUUGUUGGAUUACCAUCUCAGUCUCAAAUGCAUGACGGUAUCAGUGUGACGGAAUACUCCGAGACAACAAUGCCAUGUCGUCCCGUGAACAAUGCUAAAGAGCGAGGUAUGUCGGUGAUAUUAGAAAACAAUGGGAGAGCGAGCAGCAUCCUUGACACAGACAAUGAUGUAAAUGCAAACCACUCCACAGCAGAUAAGAAAUUUAAUGUCCCUCGAAUUGACGACAAGAAACGAUGUUUCGGGUCUUGCCACAAGAGCGAAAUCUCUGAUCAAAAGCAUUUAAUUAACAAUUCGUCCGAUGAAGGGUCUAGAACUGGAACCGAAGAUUCUUCAAAGAAUCCUGCAACACCUGAAACAACUCGCGCCACAAUAAAGCGAAGUUUAUCGAAUAGGUUGCCAAUGAGACGCGCUAAUGCUGUUCGCCGUCGUGAUCGGAGCUCAACCAUUUCAAGCACACCAUCUCGACGUGAUCAACGAAAUAACCGCGCGCUUAAGAUGAUUCUCCUUGUCGUCGUUGUUUUCGCCGUAUUUAUGCUUCCUAUGCAAAUUAUGAGUCUACUCCUCGAUUUUGGCGGAAAACCGACACAAGAGAAGUACAAAAUUUACGCUUGGUUUGUCAUGUGUUCAUAUUUUGGUAGUUGUACCCUCAAUCCCUUCAUCUAUGGUUUAGUCGAUCGAACUUUUCGCGCUGGAUUCAAGAAAUUUGCGAAAAAAUUUACAGGAAUAUGGAAAUGUUCAUCGAACUAGACUUUAAUGCUUAUAUUUUUAUUCUGUUUAAAGAAUUUAUUAAGAAAUGAAGAGUUUGUUCUGGCACAUAGAAUACAUUAAGUUUCUGGAAAGUAAUUGACCGAUUCAAAAACUAUAGCCACCACAAUUUUGCAUUACCAGGCUAAUAAGCAAUUUUUCAAGAUGGAUUGCUAUUUAACGCAAGGUGUAAGAGCUAAAGAUUGAAAACAACUGAUCCAUGCAAGCGAAAUCAUAUAGCCAAGCUAGUGAGUCUUCUUUGCGAAAUCUAGCACUGACAAACUUCAAUAUUUUAAAGAUUUAACUUCUCAAAGAGAAUACAUGGUAUUAUAUUUAUAUUUGUAGAACUGAUAUAUAGUCUUUAAGUCAGUAAGGUAUGGCAUUGAUUUUCUUAAUUGGUCGAAAUUAAAUUCGGGAUAAAAAAGAAUAGCAAAAACUUUUUUCAAUCAGUCUAUAUAUUACAAAUUCAUGUGCUAGUGACAGAUCGUUGAAAGGCGAACAUGUAAACUUGUCAUGAAAUCUUGCUCGUCUGAAUGGGGCAUUAUACGUCCACCCACCCGUUAAUUCAUAGAUAUACUUAAAGGAUUAUCCUUGCUGGAUGGGAAUUUGUAUGUAAGAUGGUAAAGAGACCUUUCAUCGCUAAUGCGACUGGUAAUAAAUACAAGGAAUGGACGAGAGACAAUUUUCAAGAUGGUACUUUCAAAAUUAAGACUCAAAAGUUCACACUAGUGUUGAUGCAUGUCAGCAUGUAGGGUAUAGUGUAUGGUUGUUGAAUUUUUCAUGUUUUAACGAUAGGCUAAAUUAACAAGCCGCCAUCUUGAAAACUUCCCUCGAGAUCUCGUCCAUCCAUUGAGAUGAAUAUAACUGGAACGCUACCUCCAACGAGAAAUUUGAAGCCAAAUUUGAAGGCCAGUCCCAGUCUUUUCACGCAUGCAAAGAGCAGUCACUCAUAAUAUAAACACGCGCCUCUGGAAGUCAGAUUUGCCUUCAAGAAAAAGAUAUAGGCAGUUUAUCUGAAGGUAGCGUUCCAGUUUCAUUUCAAUGUGUUCAUCCCAUUAACGAUCUUAAUUAA